UAAAGUACCCAUUAUUAAGCUAUUCUGUUAUAGGUUGUUUACAUUGUUGCUAGGACAUCUAAAAAUAGACACCGUAAAAUCCGAUUUUAAAUAUACUUUGUAAACCAAGUGGCAUAUGUUGAAUUGUAAGAUUACUGAUUGAUAACCGUACCCUUUUAAACCAAGCGGUCGUGCGGUCUUAAUUUCAGUUUUAUAUUAGCUUGCACGUGCAACUACAGCGUGAAUUAUACUUCGUAAAAGGAUCCUAACUGGAAAAAGUCGAAAAAUGGGAUUGUGUCAUUCUGGCUCGGGGAGCUCUUCAGGGGCUAGAAUAUUGAUGAUAGGAUUGGAUUCAGCUGGAAAGACUACAAUACUCUACAAAAUGAAGUUGGGCGAAACAGUAACAACAAUUCCAACUGUAGGGUUUAAUGUAGAAACUGUGUCACCUGUGAAAGGCGUCUCAUUCACUCUGUGGGAUAUUGGCGGACAGGAUAAAAUCAGACCGCUUUGGAGGCAUUAUUACAAUAAGCUGGAUGGGCUGGUCUAUGUCGUAGACAGUGCAGAUGAAGAGAGAAUGUCUGUGGCCAAGGAAGAGUUGUUUAAUGUUCUAGAAAGCGACGAGAUGAAAGAAGUGCCCCUCUUAAUUAUAGCCAACAAACAAGAUCUUGAAAAUUCGCUGGAUCCUUCGAAAAUUGUUGAUCAGUUAAACUUAAACACGCUCCGUCACCGGUCCUGGUAUAUUCAACCUGCGUGUGCAACUACCGGUGAUGGCAUUAAAGAAGGAAUGCAGAUGCUAGCUUCAAUGGUAAAAAGAAAAAAGAAAUAAAGACAACAUCGCUUAUUAAAUUCUAUCAUACAAUCACAUCAAACGCAAACAGCUUUGCAAACAGCAGACCGGAUUUGGACAUGUAUGGUUCCAGGAAAGUUCUUGGCUUGCAAGGAGAACGAGACGUCUAAACUGCCGGAUUGGAAAUAUCAAAACUAACUGAGUUGAAAUCAGACGUCGUAAGUGUAUCGGAAUUAACGCGCAUUUGGUAUUGAAAAAUGUAUGCCCAGGCCCCAAGUAUCGUGCCUCUUCGCAUUACUGUACAGAUCUGAGAAAACAUUCUGUUACUAGCAAUAUAAUAAAAAAGGCAUAAAACAAACAUUUAUCAAGCAUUGCAUUUCAUAUGUUAUAUAUACAGACCACGAAAUAAUUGUCACCAUACCUCUCCACAUGUGUUCAUAAUUAAUUCUUUAGUCCAGACUCAUAAACUUGUAAAUAUUAACCUUUUUAAGUUAUUGUGUCUUUGUAUUACAGGGAGGGUGAUCACGUGACUUUUGUUUAUGAUCACAUUGUGUCCACCGUAAUGGCUGCCCCCAUGUACAAGAAGGUUUUUUGUAUUUUUCUUCAAUUUAUCAUCAUAUUUGAACAUAUUUAACCGAUCAUGUUCCAGCCAAUAACUUUCCGGUUCCAACGAUGUAUUAUUUUGCUAUGUGAGUGUUGCCGUUUUUCCAUUUACCCUGCAGAGAUUUUCGAAGCGGUGAUAUUUCUCUUGAAAAAGUGUGGUCACAUUGAGUCCCAAAUUCAAAAAACACAUUUUAUACAUCUUUACAGGUUUGUUUUUGGUAGAAAUCGACUGAAAAUGCACCUCAAUCAUGUAUUUUCCUUCACAUGCGACUUCUGAAUGUUUAUGUGUGUUUUCUACAACGUUUCGGGGAUUCAUGUCUGAAUGGUUACAUUACGUCAUGGUCACAUUGUGCCCGAUAAAUUUAGUAAAUUGUGUACAUAGCAAUUAAUUCCAAUCUUCUAUAUGAUAGGGAGU